CAUAAAGUAUGUUACGCAAAAAUCUCCAGAUUUUUUAGGACCCUUUACCCUUUUAACAUGUGGCGCAAAUCACCUGUCGCAAACCUUUAUCCUCCCACUCGUGCCAUAAUUUAUGAACGUUCCCUAUUCUAUGUACCUAAAUCGUAUCACAUGUUGACAUUCAUUUGCUAUUCACCUCACACGAUAAAACACAUCUGUCUAUCAAAUAUAUUUCCCACUUGAGAAAGAAAGAGGAGAAAGCAACAGUAAAAGUCGUGGUCGUGGUGGUGGUGGUGGUCUGGCAGCUCUCGAACAACAAACAACAGCAGCCUUAUCUUAUUUAUUAACAAAAAGUUUUUGUUUUGGUUCAUCUUUCUCCAGUAGUCUUAUUUAUUUAUUUCCAAAGUUCAAUUUGGUUCAUCUAUCUUUCUCCAGUCGGAACAUACAUACAUAUCCGUCAUCGUCACUUCGUCAUCGUCAGCAUGGUCGCGACAGGAAGUAGUAUUAAUGAUAAACAAAAUAGCAAAACAUUAACAAGAACUAUUUAAUUAACUAAGUUAAUUAGUGGACUUUUGCUCCUGUAAACUUCAAUUAGUCACGUUAUUUUGAGGCGACGUAGUGCAGUUUGGAUAAGAGUCAACCUUGACGAAAACCUUUGACCUUGACCUUGAAGGAUGGGAGGGCUGACGGACUGUUGUGCUCGAUGGGGACGAUGGUGGUUCCAUUGUUUUGUUCGAUGGCGACUUUGGAUUCGACCCUUCGUCGUGUUGAGCUACUUGGCCGUGCUUAUCGUCCUCGUCCCCCUCCUCAUCUACAACUGCUUGGGAUCAGAUUGUACGCCGAAGGCGAGAAGUCAAAUUAUUGGAGGUGUUUUCGCCCUUCUUGCGAUUCCCAUUACUUUAUGGGAGAUUAUACAACAUUUAGUCCAUUAUACAAAACCAUAUCUUCAAAAACACGUUAUACGGAUUUUAUGGAUGGUUCCCAUCUACGCUGGGGACGCUUGGAUAGGAUUAUUAGCUCCCGAGUAUUCCAUUUACUGUAAUUCUAUGCGUGAAUGUUAUGAGGCGUACGUCAUCUAUAACUUCAUGAAGUUCUUACUUAACUACCUCAAUGCUGAAAUGGAUUUGGAAGCAAAUUUGGAGCUAAAACAACAAGUCCACCACUUCUUUCCAUUCUGUUGCUUGCGAGAUUGGGAAAUGGGAAGGGAAUUUGUGCACAAAUGCAAGCAUGGAAUUUUGCAGUAUACCAUUUUUCGACCACUCACCACCUUCAUUGCUUUCAUUUGCGAGCAAUUUGGAGCAUAUGGUGAGGACGAGUUCAAAGCCAACGUUGCAUUCCCGUACAUCAUUGCCAUCAAUAAUGUGUCACAAGCAAUUGCAAUGUAUUGCUUAAUUUUAUUCUACCGGGCAAAUAAGGACGAAUUACAUCCCAUGAAACCUGUUCCGAAAUUCUUGUGUAUUAAAGCGGUCGUCUUCUUCUCAUUUUUUCAAGGAGUUGCAAUUUCCAUUUUAGUCAACACUGGAGUAAUUGCGAACGUAUUCGGAACCACGGAUAAGAACGAUAUCAAACACAUCUCUUCAAGUCUACAAAACUUCUUGAUUUGUAUCGAAAUGUUCUUCGCCGCUAUCGCCCACCACUAUUCCUUCUCUCACAAAGCGUAUGUCGAUAUGGCUGCAGAUCAACCCAAUUGUUGCGAGUCGUUCUGUCAAAUGUGGGACUUUUCUGAUGUCAAGCAGGACUUGGAGGAACAUAUUGGUGUCGUCAAAAACACCGUGAGGAACGUAAUGCCCUCUAAAGUGUAUCGUCAUCCUGGCGGCAUGCGGGAAGAAAGGGCCCACCUCCUAUCCAGCUCUGACGGUCCAGACUACAACAGCGGUACUGAAGCUACCGGCGGAUCAUUACGAGCAGCUCGAUCCGCAAGUUUGGACCUCGUCGCGGUCGCCGAAAUGAAUGGCAACGGUCAAGAACAAGAAGCCGUUGUAGAUGUGCAUAAUAACCGACACGAUGGUCCUUUCACUGAUCUCACCGAGGAUGAAGCGCUACUGAAUCAAAAAUCGUAAACUAAGCGAACGUGUCCCUAUUUAAGUUUGUGUAUUCAAGUCAAUUAUUAAUCUACCACACAAAAUUUAUUGUGAAUCUAGCCGUGAUUUUAAUAGUAUUAUGUUCGUCUUAACUCUCUACAUUAAUUAAUUAUGUGAUGUAAUCAGUGGCCGCGGAAGCUGUGAGGACAUUAACAUUGUACAAUAGGGGAGGGAGGGGUUUAUAUAAGAUGGGGAGAUGAUGGGGACAUUGUCCCUCUGUCCCCUCAAGCUUUCGCAGCCACUGGAUUAUUAAUGUAAUGCUCAUGUAUCUUCCUCUCUUUCAUAUUUCAAGUACAAGUCUGACCUACGAUGUAACUUAUCUAACUUAUAUUUUUGAACAAUUUAGUUGAUCAAAGUGUCGUUUUUAUCGUAAAUUUCUUUAAUUCGAGCCCGAACCAGGUCGAAUUUUUGAUUUUAUAUUUAUUGUACAACAUCCCACCCCGUAUUAAAUAUUCCAGUACUUUUCAAAACUUUUGAAAUUAUGAAAUCUUUCUGCUUGAUGAUUAUUAAUUAAUAUUUAAAAAAAAAUAUGUAAAUGAAUGCUUCCAAUGGCUACGGGCCACUUAAAUUCUACAUGAAUCCGUAUGAAUCCCAAAGAAAAAAGAUGAUGUACCUAUUUUUUGUGAUAAAAAAACGAUACAAGAUGUGUGUGACUCAUCAAAAAAUCUAAAUGUUACCAUAAAAAUCUAAAUAUUAUCAUAAAAUAUAAAUGUCUCUCAAAUCUGUUAAUAGAUUAGCAGCAAUUUGAGCAAAUAAAAAAUCACAAUGUUCACGAA